GCAGUCGCUUCUGUUCUCUAUAGUGCCGCGAGAAGUUCGACACGAGAUUUUUCGAUUGGUAUCUUUGAAUUGAAAGUCUUACUGAAAUACAAUAACUGAUACCAACAGGUAUGCAUGCCUUACGAAGAUCCGGCUUGUCCUUAUAAAACUACCGACUAUUACUAUCGUCCGGGACACAAUGCGAGAAACAAAAGCUGCACGAGUUUACUCUACACUUGUCGAAGGGCAUGGAUUGAGGCGAAUCACCUCCCUUUGCAACUUGCAGAACCUACAUUCUGGAUGCGAAAUGAGGAGAGGCAACCAGAGUGGACGCGAAGGAAUAGAUCUGACGAAAAGGAUGAUGGCCUGCGCGACGAAAAGCGGUUCCUCAAACUUAUGAAUCGUCUGACCGUGAACAAUCGCGUGAACUUGAAAGGCAUUCAUAUAUUCGCACAGGUGUUCUGGUUGGAGCAAGACAUGUGGGCCAACAUGGUGUUUGAUGGUGCUGAGAUGGAUCAUACGAGCUUUGCUUGGCCUUCGGAGGUCAAGAUGACAAUAAGGCACACAGAUUGGUGGUGUUGGGAGCGUAAUCGCCCAUUGUCAAUUCAAGACGACUGCAUCCGUCGGCUGCUUGACAGACCUGCAUUGAAGAGCGCCGAGCACUUCAUUCUAGACCUUGAGACGCUGCGCAGCUCGCGCGAGAAGGUUGACCAGCUCGAGAACAUCAUCAGACGUAUAAAGACGAAGCAAAAGAUGAUAGGCGAUUGGGUGAUUGACGACGAUAGCGGGCUGGAAAUUUCCCAAUGGACCCGCCCUGGCAACAUCGACGGAAAGCCAGUGCCUGCGCAUACUCACUUGACACAGUUGGAUUACUGCAUAUAUCGGGUGCGAUGGGAAAAUAUGGGUCCAGCCAGAAAGACGGCUUGACGAUGCCUCAAGUUCGUAAAGUACUCGCGGCGAGGCAUGAUUCGGGCCGACUAUGUGUGUAUGAUACGGAGGACCCAUCGGUCCUUAUAUGCGGCGACAAUGUUCGCGAAGAGAGGGUCGUGGUGGAUAGAUGAGGUGUUCGGCUCAAGCUUCCAUUAAAACUAGGCAUAAUCAUCCGCUUCGAAGCGCUAAAGUGAAAUUCAUGGUCGUUGUUCCGUCUGU